GAGAGCAGUCUAAAAGGGCUUGUUGCCUCCUGCCAGUUUUAUCAGCUGAAACGCGAAGCCUAGUCGUGCGGGACUGGGAGACAAAGCCUGCGGACGAAUGAAAGGAGACCGUUGCUGUAGGGAGCAGUCGAACAGAUGACAGAAACGGCACGCUGCAGAGCUACAGUGCGAAGGGAGCGGGAGGGGGGACCCGGACGGCCAGGACAGAAAUCCUGUGGUUUGACAGUUGCAGCUGGAACACUAGCAGAUGUGUACUAAAACACAGGAUGACAAAAAAAAGCACUGGCUGGGAAGAAAAGUUCUACUGUUUCUACUUCACUGUGUUCAUGAAGCAUCAUGAUUUGAAGGACUGAUCUGGAUUACAGAGCUUGCAUGAACUUUACAUAAACUUUAUUUAGCAAACUACUUACUAAAUGAGGCAGACCCAUAUGUUUGCAAUAUAUGCUGCAUGUGCUGAUGGAAAAACUUCAUUGUUCUGUAUUUUCAGGAGUCACUAAUCUGGGGAAUCUAAAAACCACAUAUAUUUGGGAAUGACUGGAAUCUAGCAAACAAACUUGUGGGAAUUCUCCAUGCAUGUUAUCUCCACUUUAGAUGUAUUAAUCUCAUAGAAUAACAUGCAGUACUGCAAGGUGCAGCUAUAGUCAUGGCAUCAUGCAGCCUUUUAAACUAUGUAUUACUGAGCUUUGGUACAAACUUAGCUUUAUCUCUAAAGUGGAUGCACACAGCAAAACAAGAUCAGAAUAUUUGGAUAGAAAGAUGCUUCUUGCCCAGUGAUGCCACUGACUGUUAUGUGAAGGCAUGAACAGAUUUGUGGAUUGCAGUCUGUCCUGUGGCACAGUUCCAUGCAAUGGGCACUUUGGCUUGGAUUUAAGAAUCUAUCAUUUUCACUGAAACCUAAGAUGUGCCCCUGAUUUGGACCUGUCUCAGAAGAUAAAGUCUGUAAAAUGGCUCAGACCAGCUUGCUACAGGGGAAACAGUUUUAUUGCAGAGAGUGGGUUUUUCACAAGCUUCAGCACUGCCUCCAGGAAAAGACAAGCUUCAGCAACAGCUCUGCCAACAAACCAUCCGUUGUGCUGAAUUCUGGGACCAAUGCUUGUGUCAUUCCUGGCAAGGGAGCGUCCUGGGGUGUAUUGUUAGUAGGAGGUCCUGGCAGUGGCAAGACAGCCGUUUGUACUGAGUUAUUGUGGCCAAGCUCACCUGCAAACUUACAAAGAGGUUUACAUCACCAAGCUCUGGCCUUCCAUUUCUGCAGGGCCCAGGACUCUGAUACUCUCUGCGUAGGGGGGUUUAUUAGAGGCUUAGUUGCCCAGAUCUGUCAGAGUGGACUGAUUCAGGAUUACGAGGACAAAGUGAGAGAUCCUGCUGUUCAAAGUCUCCUGCAGCCUGGGGAAUGUGAGAGAAAUCCUGCUGAAGCAUUUAAAAGGUGUAUUCUACUCCCACUUCUGGGAACCAAGCCCCCCCAACAAAGUUUCUUUCUCUUGGUAGAUUCAGUAGAUGAGGGGUGUAAUAUUGCAGAAGGUGACCAGACAUCUGCAGGCUUAUCUGGAACUAUAGCUGAGCUUCUAGCUACUCACUAUGAAUUUUUUCCUCCAUGGUUGCUGCUCGUCUGUUCUGCUCGAAAACAGAAUAAAGCUGUUACAAAGUUGUUUACUGGCUUUCGAAAAAUAAGCCUUGAUGAUCUCAGAAAGGCCUAUAUCGUGAAAGAUGUCCAGCAGUAUAUUCUUCAUCGCUUGGAUCAAGAAGAAGCCCUGAGACAACAUCUUACAAAAGAAACUGCAGAAAUGUUGAAUCAGCUUCACAUUAAAAGCAGUGGUUGCUUUCUGUAUCUAGAACGUGUCCUAGAUGGAGUAGUAGAAAAUUUCAUUAUGUUAAGAGAAAUUCGUGAUAUUCCUGGAACACUAAAUGGACUGUACCUAUGGCUUUGUCAGAGACUUUUUGUGAGAAAACAGUUUGCAAAAGUCCAACCUAUUCUGAAUGUAAUCCUUGCUGCUUGCAGACCACUGACCACAACUGAAUUGUUCCAUGCUGUGUGGACCAAAAAUAUGGCAUUGUCUAUGGAGGAUUUUCAGCGCAAGCUAGACGUUCUAUCAAAAGUUCUCAUUGAUGGUCUUGGAAACACAAAGAUCCUUUUUCACUACAGUUUUGCAGAAUGGCUGUUGGAUGUAAAGCAUUGUACACAAAAAUAUUUAUGCAACGCAGCAGAGGGACACCGAAUGCUAGCAAUGAGCUAUACAUGUCGAGCCAAGGAUUUAGCACCAUUGGAAGCACAAGAAUUUGCUUUGCAUCUAAUAGAUUCAAAUUUACAACUGGAAACAUCUGAGUUAGCUUUAUGGAUGAUCUGGAAUGGUACUCCUGUCAAAGAUUCUUUGUCGACAUUAAUUCCCAAAGAACAGGAAGUUUUACAAUUGCUAGUAAAAGCUGGUGCUCAUGUUAAUAGUGAUGAUGAUCGGACAUCUUGCAUUGUGCGACAAGCAUUGGAAAGAGAAGAUUCCAUUCGAACUUUAUUGGAUAAUGGUGCUUCAAUAAAUCAAUGUGAUUCAAAUGGGAGAACAUUGCUGGCCAAUGCUGCCUAUAGUGGCAAUCUUGAUGUAGUGAAUUUGUUAGUUUCUAGAGGAGCAGAUUUAGAGAUUGAAGAUGCUCUUGGGCAGACAGCACUUACUUUAGCUGCCCGGCAAGGACACACCAAAGUCGUAAAUUGUUUGAUUGGGUGUGGCGCUAACAUAAAUCACACUGACCACGAUGGGUGGACAGCAUUGCGAUCUGCAGCUUGGGGUGGACAUACUGAAGUUGUUUCUGCACUUCUGUAUGCUGGUGUAAAAGUGGACUGUGCAGAUGCUGACAGUCGAACAGCUUUAAGAGCAGCAGCCUGGGGAGGACAUGAAGAUAUUGUACUGAAUCUAUUGCAACAUGGGGCUGAGGUGAACAAAGCAGAUAAUGAAGGUAGAACUGCUUUAAUUGCUGCAGCAUACAUGGGACAUAAAGAAAUUGUAGAGCAUCUUCUAGACCAUGGUGCAGAGGUAAAUCAUGAGGACGUGGAUGGAAGGACUGCUCUCUCUGUUGCUGCUCUUUGUGUUCCUGCUAGUAAGGGACAUGCUUCAGUUGUGAGCCUUUUAAUUGACAGAGGAGCUGAGGUGGAUCAUUGUGACAAAGAUGGUAUGACGCCACUGCUAGUGGCAGCCUAUGAAGGGCAUGUAGAUGUUGUUGAUUUGCUUCUGGAAGGUGGAGCAGAUGUAGAUCAUACUGACAACAAUGGUCGCACUCCUCUUCUUGCUGCAGCUUCAAUGGGCCAUGCUUCUGUUGUAAAUACUUUAUUGUUUUGGGGAGCAGCUGUGGAUAGUAUUGAUAGUGAAGGACGGACAGUUCUUAGCAUAGCAUCUGCUCAAGGUAAUGUUGAAGUAGUACGGACUCUGUUAGAUAGAGGAUUAGAUGAAAACCAUAGGGAUGAUGCAGGAUGGACACCUUUGCAUAUGGCUGCUUUUGAAGGUCACAGAUUAAUAUGUGAAGCACUUAUAGAACAAGGUGCUCGGACUAAUGAAAUUGAUAAUGAUGGACGUAUACCAUUCAUAUUGGCUGCCCAGGAGGGUCACUAUGACUGUGUGCAGACUUUACUGGAAAAUAAAUCUAAUAUUGAUCACAGAGGCUAUGAUGGGAGAAAUGCACUCCGUGUUGCUGCUUUAGAAGGGCACAGAGAUAUAGUUGAACUACUUUUCAGCCAUGGAGCUGAUGUGAACUAUAAAGAUGCUGAUGGCCGACCAACACUUUACAUCCUGGCCUUAGAGAACCAGCUAUCAAUGGCCGAGUACUUUUUAGAAAAUGGUGCAAAUGUAGAGGCAAGUGAUGCUGAAGGAAGGACAGCACUCCAUGUUUCCUGCUGGCAGGGCCAUGUGGAGAUGGUACAGAUGCUGAUAACAUACCAUGCUGAUGUAAAUGCAGCAGACAAUGAGAAACGCUCAGCUUUACAGUCUGCUGCAUGGCAGGGUCACGUCAAAGUAGUUCAGCUUUUGAUUGAGCACGGGUCCUUAGUUGAUCAUACGUGCAAUCAAGGUGCAACUGCACUCUGCAUUGCAGCCCAAGAAGGGCACAUAGACGUUGUGCAGAUAUUACUGGAAAAUAGUGCUGAUCCAAAUCAUGCAGAUCAGUUUGGGCGCACAGCUAUGCGUGUUGCUGCAAAGAAUGGGCACACACCGAUAAUUAAACUACUGGAAAAAUAUGGUGCUUCUAGUUUAAAUGGAUAUACUCCUUCUCCAAUCCAUACAAUGGAGCAAAAACCUUUGCAAUCAGUACCUUCAAAAAUCCAAUCCUUAACUAUAAAAUCAAACAGUUCAGGGAGCACUGGUGGGGGUGAUGUACAAGCUGCUUUGCGUGGCUUGUCAAAUGGGCCAUCUCAUGCUUUUAGUUCUCCUUCUGAAUCCCCUGAUUCAACAGUUGACCGGCAGAAGUCGUCUUUAUCCAAUAAUUCACUGAAAAGCUCAAAAAACUCUUCUCUUCGCACAACUUCAUCUACAGCAACUGCCCAAACAGUACCUAUUGAUAGUUUCCACAACAUGUCCUUUACAGAGCAAAUACAGCAGCAUUCACUGCCCCGCAGUAGAAGUAGGCAGUCCAUUGUUUCACCUUCUUCCACUACUCAUUCUUUAAGCCAGAAUCAUAGUUCACCAAAUAGUGAAUUUGAAUGGAGCCAAGUGAAGCCCAACCUAAAAUCAACAAAACCAAGCAGAACAGGAAAAACAGAGAACUCCAACAAAUCUGGGUCUGCUGGAAAAAAAGUAAAACAAACCACUUCUUCACAACCAAAAGUUUUAGAAUAUGAAAUGACUCAGUUUGAUAAACAAAUACCUAUUGCCAAAUGUGGGGCUACUGUGCCUCUUAAAAAUAUGCCUAGUGAUACACAGUGCAAAAUUUUAAUCCCUUCAGCCCAGCAAGAAGUUUGCCAGUCCCCACAGCAGUUCCUGAUCCACCAACAAAGUGGAGAGCAAAAGAAAAGAAAUGGAAUAAUGACAAAUCCAAACUAUCAUCUUCAGAGCAAUCAGGUUUUUCUUGGUAGAGUGUCUGUACCACGAACAGUCCAGGAUCGAGGGCAUCAGGAGGUUUUGGAAGGCUAUCCUUCUGCAGAAACGGAGUUUAGCCUUAAACAAGCCUUAAAAAUUCAAAUUGAGGGAAAUGACCCAAGCUUCAGUUACAAGAAGGAAACACCAUUGUAAGAGGCAGUUUCAUAACACCAUGAACAAAAAGAAGAGCUUCUGCCAAGAAUGUUUGUCAGCUAGACCGGGAUAAAAGCAUUUCUUGCUCAUUAAACUACAUUGAAAAUUCUGAAUGUGAUCACUGCAGCACAGUUACCUUGAUUACUGUAAUGUGCCUAAAAGUUAAGGCUGCCUUCUUUAUGUAACCUCCUGUGCUUCAGAAAUUGUAUUUUGUGUACUGUAUACUUAAUACACAGAAUAAGCACUUUCUUCCUUAAUAACAGAACAAGUUAAUGCCAUAUAUUCCUCCACAGCUGAAAAGUUGUAAGAAGUAGAAAUGUAAGCUCCUUUUCAAGAAGGCAUCAUCAGGGUAAAUGUGCCAUGGUAGAGUUUGUGCUGAAAGGCAUUAACUUAUGUAUUUAUUUUAUAUUAAAAUGGCAAAAAAAAACCUACUUUCAGCCAAAAAGACAAGCAGCAUCCUUGUCUACCUAAAAGAUUGAAAUAACCUCAGUUCACAAAUAUGUACACACACGUAUCUGUCAUUUCUUUUAUAUCUGCUCAUUUCUUUUAAUAAGCGUUUUAAACACCAAUUGAAUGUCAUUUUUUUUUCUUUUUUAUGCUUGCACCAGCAGUUCUGCAGUGUAUGAUUCCUAGUUAGACUUUAAGAUGUCAUAAGACUGCUUAUAGUUUUACUGCAGGUUCACAUAUACCCAUACAAAAGACUGCAGCUAUCUCAAAGAGUGCAAUUUGCAUGUAGAAGAGAAUUGUGGGAACUGCCACAGCCACAAUAGUAAUUGAUAACAUUUGUGAUCAGACAAAAAAAACAAACAAACCUACCACUGCAGUCCCAAAUAUCAAUGUUUGGGACAUGUAGCUAUAUCUCUGUAUGGCUGGUUCACACUUUAUAUUCUCCAAAAAAUCAUCUGUACAUACAUAGGAUAGGUAAUCUCAAACACAUGAUACCAAACCAAUAUGAGCUACUCUUCUGUACAUCUUAAAUUGCAUUUCCACUGGAAUGUUUCUCUGUAUAUCAGAUGUUUCCCACCAGGAAUGGCAAUCUUUUGACAAUGUUAGCUAAACUGCAGUACUUGGAUUCAAUACUGGUUGGUAUUACAAGUCAUCAAGAUUGUUCUCAUUACUGAUUUUAAAGAGCAUUGGUGAAGGAAUGUGUUUGAAUCCAGGUCUCCUCUAAUUGACUUAAGUCGGGUUAUAUCUGUAUUCACAUUGCCUUCUUCCUCUUUGAAAGCUAACAGAGGUCCAUCCAGCCAGAGCCAGAGCAGCUGCUUCAGUUUUUUCUGUGGAAGAGACAUAGCCUGUGGUAGAGCACCUGUUUUACCUAUAUAAAGGUUCUUGUUCAAUCCUUCAAUCCUCAUUUAAAUGAUCUGAGAUAAACAAGACACCUCUAUUGCAGUGAGCUAGAUAAAGUGUUGACAAUUUGGUGAUCUCCAAUUUUUUUAUAUUACAACUCCACAAUUACAGUUGGAAUUGGAAUUGGAAUUGUCUCUGUUGCUUAUGAUUGUUGCAUAGGCAUCCAUUCCCAACCACAAUAACACAAACAUAACAAAGUGUCUGUUAUGGUACCAUAACAUAAGCUCCAUCAUUUUGUUUUUGUGACAUGUUGCAUGCAAACAUGUAAGAAGUAGGAUUGUAUCAUGACAAAAAACAUUUCAUCAUUUGCCUCCCUCUUGGAACUAUUGGGUAACAGUCCAAAACAUCUGGAAGAUAUUUGUUGCCUAUUUUGCAUUAUGUGGACAUAAGACUUUAACCCAUAUGAAGUAAUUUAAUAUACUGAAAAAUGAAAUGAUCAUAAGCAGUUGACAAGCCUAACCCCAAAUACCUGCCUGCAUGUAUUUAAAGCAGGAAUAAUGGCUUGCUUGUUUGUUUUCUUCUUGUUUUUUUCUCUGUAUAGCCCCAAUAUAUUUCAGGUGUUUAAUUUUGCCACCUAUUAUUAUUAUUGGAUUUGAUCUAAGUGGUAAACUGCAAUAAUCUCUUUCCAGUUGAAAAUAAUACUAUACAACUGGAUUGUAUCCACUUAAGUCACUCUUUCAAAUGCGAUAUUUUUAAAAUCAUCUGAAGCUAGAGUUCUGUAAAUCUAAAUAUCAAAUAAAAAUGUUUGAAGUUGCCUUGUAGCAGCCUUUAUCUAUAUAUAUAAAAUCCUGUCCCUGCUAUUCUGUGCACCUCUCUUGUGACCAAGAAAAAGAACUUGGGACAGGAGGAACAAGCUUUAUUCUUCCUGGUAAAUAGUGGCAGGAAAUCCGUUUUUCCCCCAUUGCAGUGAUGUUACCCAGUGUCACUGCUUUACUUUGCCCAACAGUGAGAAAUGGCUGUUUAUGGGAUAAAUUAUAGGUCCACUUGGGGGGGGGACUUCUGCCAGAAGGUCAAAAUUUGUUAUAAAGGCUUGUCAGUACAGAGUCUCCCCUCACUAAUGGGAAUAUGGCAAUGGGAAAGCUACAUGGCUGUGUGCAUUGAGAUGAUUAAAGAUACGUGUAAUAUGAACAGGAAUUCAUUUUUUUUUCUUCCUAGUGUUUUUCCCAUGGGUGCAGGGUCGCUUUUUUGGAUCAACUGAAUGUUGAUCGGUUGGUUGCAACAGGAACUAACUGACUGGCUUGUUGCCCAAGCCUGAUGUUGUGGGUUGACAGUGUCUCUGGCCCAAAGUUAUUCAGCUGGCUUUCAUGCCUAAGGUGGGACUAGAACUCACCCUCUCCUAGUUUCUAGCAUGGAGCUUUAACCACUAGACCAAACUGGCUCUGUGAACAUGAAUUCAUACUCCAUGAAAAUCAUCUUUUCCACAAAGCUGUACAACUAUAAUGAAUAUUUUGCUAGCUACUUAUAAUUCUGAAGCCAUUAGGUUUCUUGUAAAAUAAAUACUGGAGUAGUAAUAUUACCAAGUGACUUAGGAUACAAAACAUUGGCUUGAAUUUGUUCUGAGUUUCAAGUACUGGGCAUUUGCAAAACAAUUCAAAAUUAUAGCCCUUGUUUCUUACUAGAUAACGUUUUACCAUGUAAAAAGUAUCCCUAAAGAUUGUCUUCUUUCUCAUCUCAGUUACUGCUGAGGUUGUAUUUAUUAGACUUGCUUUAUCCUAGUAUGUAUUUGUGACUUGAUAAUUACAUUUAUGGCCAUACGCACAAGAAGGCUACAUGUUACAGAAGCCUUUGUGAUUUUCAGCAGAAUUAAUUUUAACAUUUGAAAGAGCUGGGGUAAGGCAAAGCAUAUCCCCAAAGCACAGAAAUCAACUAAAAGAAGAUCAGAGGGAAAGUGCUUUCUGAUAAUUCAUUGACAUAAAAGUUCCUGCAUAUUUUCAGAACUUAUUUGGAAUACAGCAUGCCUGCCUUUAUUAUAAAUCUAUCCAUUUGACAAAAGUGUGAGACUGUUUUGCAUUGCUUUAAUAUAUGAUUUUAAUAUAUUGGCUUUUGUGGCCUCUCUCCAAGAAGGGUAAACACUGAUUACCUGAAAGACUGACAAUUCUUUGUUUUAUUAUUGUUUUAUGAGUUCUUGGGUGUGGUUCAGUUCUGUUAAGCCAUGACUUGACAGGGCUGAUCAGCUAUAACUUAGUAUGAUUUAGGACCCCUGGGUUCUAUUUUCAGCCCACAAAUCUCUGUCUUUUUUACCUUCACUUUUUAUUUUCCCUACAAUAUACUGGCUAAAAUUCCCAGAUGAACUGUAGUAAACUGUCACACUUCACAACUGGGAGGUUUGAGAAAGGGCAGGUAGAUGUUAAAACCUGUAGCACAAGUGACCCCAGGUAGGCAUUUUUAAAGGGAAGCAAAUCAUUAAUUUAUCUUUCAAAAUGUUGACAUGUUAAGGUAUAGCAGUGCCAUGUAGGUCUUGUUAUGAUCAGUAUUGGAAAAUGGCUUUGCUUUUACUUAAAGCAUCCUUUCCUCUUGUCAGCUGUGCUGCUAUGCAAAUGUCUGUUAAUGCUUGAUAUCCUCCAUUGGAACUCUUCAAAUAACAUGGUGCACAGCUUAGACUUUCUUUCCUGGACUGGUUUGUAAAUAGCCUAAAAUGUACAUUGAAUUUCACAUUGUAAAAUUUUUAUUUUAUUUCUUGUAUUAUAUUAAGCAAAAGUCCUUAUGUAUAUGAAAGUGCAUAAUAAAUAUAUUUGCUUUUCAGCAGA